UGCCAUCAAUUUCAAAAUGAGCAAAUAUAUAGCUCACUGCUGGCCCCGCCCGUGGCUCACACACCUGUUGGCGAUCAGCUGAUUCCCGACUACUAUUUGAGGCUGGGCCACAGAUCCUCUCAUCGCUGGAUGAUUGUGCUACUGACGUUAGUCUCUCUUCCCAGCUCCCGUGGUCUUGUACCUUUACGCCCUACAUUCGUGACUUUCCCUGCUUUCAGAUUGUGACAGAAUCAUCCAGCCAGGAAAUGGACUCAGCAGACUCGGCAGCCUCCAUUCCCACUCUCGCCACCCUGGCAGCGAUGCUGGAGCGACACGAGCAGAUGUUUAUUCACCUUCGUGGCGAGCUCGCUAAUCUCACGCAGGCUGUGGCCCAACGAACACCCCUGCUGGCAACUCCACCUGCCGCCGCUCCUCUCCAGGAAGCCUCGGCCUCAGCAUUACUCCAGGAUCGGGCUCUGAUUUGGGCUCAAGCUGUGCUUCACGCCAACCCUGACAUAACCGAUUCUCACUUUCUGGAUAAGUUCAAAGGCGUCUUCGACAGAAAAUCCACCACGCUCACAGCCAGCCAGCGCCUGCUCGCGCUCAAACAAGAUGCGCUUAUGACCCUGUGUGUCUGGCUGGACGACCGAGUGCGUGCACACACACGAACGGGACAGGAAUCACUGGAUUAUCACAGGACCUCUCCAGCCGGCCGCGGGCCGCGUGACUCUAAUAUCUGUGAUGAGGAGGAGCCCAUGCAGCUUGGACACUCGCGGCUGACACCUGCAGAGCGCCAGCGCCGUCUGGCCACCGGUCAAGCCGGUGCUCUCCAGCCUGCUGUGCCCUCGCACCAGGGCCCCGCCGCCCCCCCAGCUCGUGGAUGGUCAGCUGGUUUACGACAUCACCCGCAUCAUGGACUCCCGGCGCCGGGGCAGGUGGACUGGGAGGGCUACUGGGAGGGUACUGUCAUGGUCCCCGUGCCUGCCCAGCUGGCCUCACAAGGCUACACUUGUGUUUUGCUUUCUCUCUCCCUCUCCCCUACCUCUCUGCCUGGGCGGAGCUCACUGCUGGCCCCACCCGCGGAGCUCACUGCUGGCCCCGCCCGUGGCUCACACACCUGUUGGCGAUCAGCUGAUUCCCGACUACUAUUUGAGGCUGGGCCACAGAUCUUCUCAUCGCUGGAUGAUUGUGCUACUGACGUUAGUCUCUCUUCCCAGCUCCCGUGGUCUUGUACCUUUACGCCCUACAUUCGUGACUUGUGAGCAGUGUUGGUUUACCUUCCCGGACCUGUGACCUCCCAGUUGUACGAACGUGUGUGAGUUGGAUGUGAGGACAUGAGCGAGCGUGAGAGAGAGAGCCUUCCCCUAAUCCCUUGGAACCCUGGAUUUUUUCCCCCAUCACUGUAUAUAUUAUCGCACUGGUGUGUAAAUAAACGGUGGUC